AUGAAGUACACCGCUACCCUCCUCGGCCUCCUCUCCCUCGCCGGCGCGCAAUACCCCGCCGGCGGCGGCGGCGGCGGCAGACCCGGCAAUGGCAACGGCAACGGCAACCCCUUCCCAGGCCGACCUGGCCAGCCUGGCCCACCCAGACCACCACCAGGCGGCCCAGGUCCAACACGUCCCCCGCCCCCGCCCCCACCGCCAGGUACAGGGCCCGGUGGCGGUGGUGAUGAGGGCUUCAACCCGCUCGAGCACCUUGGCGCUAAUAGCCCUUGGUUUCCAGGUCCCAAUGUGUUCGGCAUCUCACCCGAGGCGCCGGAAGGAUGCAAGGUGGACCAGGCGGUGUACAUCGCCAGGCAUGGCAGCCGGUAUCCAGACCCGGGAGCCUACAACGGCUGGCUGACGCUGUAUGAAACCCUGCAAGCCGCCAACUUCACCGCGACGGGACCGCUGGCGUUCUUGCCAGAUUGGGAGCCGGUGAUUGACUUCCCGGACCAACAGCUCCGCCAGCUGUCUCCGGGGGGCUAUGAUGAGCUACAAACCUUGGGCGUGGAGCUCCGCACCCGCUACCCAGGCUGGUACGAGUACGGCAGCCCCUUCCGCGUCUUCUCCAACGACUACGAGCGCACCGUCGACUCGGCGCGCCUCUUCGCACGUGGCUACCUGGGCCCCAACGCCACCACGCUGGGCCAGAUCCACCCGAUCCUAGCCUCCGAUGACUCGGUCGUUGCCAACAGCCUCGCCACCUCCGACUCGUGCCCCACGUACGACGACCGCUCCGGCCGCGGCUACGCCGACGUCUGGGACUCCAUCUACCUCCCCCCGAUCGCCGAGCGCCUCAACGGCUUCGUGACGGGGGACCUGAACCUCACGGCGGACAACGUUUCGAAUUUCCCGUACCUGUGCGGCUUCGAGACGCAGAUCACGCGGCGCGUCAGCCCCUUCUGCGCCGUCUUCACGCCCGACGAGAUCCUGCAGUACGAGUACCGCCAGGACCUGCGCUACUGGUACGGUACUGGCCCGGGUAGCUUCCGCAACACGAGCGUCAUGCUGCCCGUGAUCCAGGGCGUAGUGGAUCUGUUGCAGUCCGGGCCCGACACGCCGGUCAAGGGCGCGGAGCCUGGCCAGCAGGAUACGGUGGGCCCGCUGAGCGUGGCGUUCACGCACGACAACCAGAUCAAUCAGAUGGCGUCCAGCCUGGGAAUAUUCGAUGCGCAGCCGCCCCUGGCGGCGGAUGCGAUGAAUAGCAGUCGCAUCUACGUGAGCAGUCGCAAUAACCCGAUGAGAGGCACCGUGGCGUUUGAGCGCUUGACUUGCGGUGCGGGAGCCACGGAGGAUAAGUAUCUGCGGCUCUUGCUCAAUGAUGCCGUGUAUCCGGUGCCAGCGUGCUCGGAGGGACCUGGGAUGUCAUGCCCGCUGCAGCGGUACAAUGAAGAGGUGCUGGCACGGAAAUGGGCCGAAUCCGGGGACUUUGAGGAGUUCUGUGAGUUGCCGGAGGGCAGCGUCACCACCAGCGAAACGGGCGGCGUCACUUUCUUCACGGACUUGACAUUGGCUGCAAUAAGGACGGUGCAGCCAUGA